UUGUAUGGUUUAGUUAAUAACCAUAAGUUGUAUUUAGGUUAAAGACAUGUAUAAAAGAGGUUAAGUCUCCAACGUGAAUGAACAAUAAGAAACUUUUAUACCAAACUAGGCUUCUUGACAUUUAUACAUAUGGAGACGAGAGGUGAAUCCAUUCGUAUGCUUCAAAGAACAUCGCCUUACUACAAGAGGAGCCGAGCACAUAUUUGUAGUUUCUUCAUUAGGGGAGAGUGUACUAGAGGUGACGAGUGUCCUUACCGCCAUGAGAUGCCUGAAACACGAAAGCUUUCCCAGCAGAACAUAAAAGAUCAAUUCUACGCCUAUGGAGAAAUCGAAUCCAUCAGAACCUUGGCUGAGAAAGCUGCAGAAGAGCUCAGUAACAAGCUAGUUAUCAAUGGUCAGAGGCUUAAAAUCUCUAGGGGAAGAUCUCAAGUUCCCAAAACUGAUCCAGAUGGUAACUUGCAGCAACAAGGUGGUGUAGCUCACAGUGAAUUUCUCCCUCGAGCUGUGAUAUCACAGCAGCAUAGUCAACCACCACAACCGCAUCAAGACAGACCCUUUUACCCAUCAAUGGACCCUCAGAGAAUGGGUGACAACAGAGGAGCUUCUUCAUCCUCUUACACAAUGCCUCCACAUAGUCAUUAUCCGCCUUACCAGCCAUUUGGGUGGUAUAUGCAACCACCUUACCAGCCAUUUGGAGGGUAUAUGCAACCACCUUACCAGCAGUAUCCUCCUUACCCACCACAAGCUACUCAUUCUCAUUCGCAACAACCAGGUCUUGGCCCAAGGCUUUAAUCC